GCCGGACUGCGGGAGGGGCGGCGCGGGGCCUCGCGGGGCGCUGAGGGGACUGCCCGGCCUGUUCCUUCCGUCCCGUCCCGUACCGUCCCGUCCGCGCUGCCGCGGCCUUCUGCUGGGACGCUUCGGCCCGGGCGCUCCGCGCAUCCUGUCUUCGGAAAUGAAGGCGGCAGGAAGGCGGUGUGAAGCUUGUCCUGUCCGUGUGCCCUUCCACGGGCACUGCGGUUAUGUGCCGCCCAGGGCUGGGGGGGUCUGAUGUGCUGCGCGUUUUACAGAUCACCCCAUAACGACAGGCUUGGGCACUGUGAUUUUUAACCAAAAUCCGGGAAGCUUACAGUAACCAAUAUAACGCUUACCUUUGGUGAGCCUUGUUUUGGUGACGGACACUUGGUGGACUUUCCUGCCUCACUGCUUUUGAAGUUUCCUGGAGCACAGUGGCCUCACCAGGUGCAGGAUGGACCCUGUUGUUCUCAGCUACAUGGACAGCUUGCUGAGGCAGUCAGACGUUGCUCUGCUGGAUCCUCCAAACUGGCUCAACGAUCACAUUAUUGGCUUUGCCUUCGAGUACUUUGCCAAUGACCAGUUCCAAGAAUUUAGCGAUCAGAUUUGCUUUAUCAGCCCUGAAGUGGCUCAGUUCAUCAAAUGUGCCCUUAGUCAGGAAGAAAUAGCCAUAUUCCUUCAGCCACUAGACCUGCUCCACAAGAGGCUGGUGUUCCUGCCCAUCAACGAUAACUCCAACCAGGCGGCUGGGGGUACCCACUGGAGCUUACUGGUUUACUUCAGGGACAAAAAGUGCUUUGCCCACUAUGAUUCCCACAGCAAGUGCAACUCUGUCCAUGCCAAGCAAGUGGCAGGGAAACUGGAAGCCUUCCUGGGGAAAAGAGGAGGCAAAGCAACCUUCGUGGAGGAAAAGGCACCGGCCCAGCAGAACAGCUACGACUGUGGGAUGUAUGUGAUCUGCAACGCCGAGGCUCUGUGCCAGGGGUACUUCAGGGGACAGCAGGAGCCUCUGCUCCAGCUCCUCACCCCUUCCUACAUAACACAGAAGAGAAGCGAGUGGAAAGCUCUAAUUACGAAGCUCACGCAGAAGUGAUCUGGGUGCUCCUAUGUCACCGCUCCCAGUGCCUGAGGGAGGUGCCCACGCUCAGGAUUUUCCCCUCGAGAAGAAUGUAACCCCUUCAGCACGGUGGCGACCUGCAGUGCUCUCCUCACAAAGCCUUAGUCUCCUCUGGAAGUCACUGGCCUUUCAGCUUCCCAACAAUGAAGUCACUUGGUUUUCAAAGAAAUCUCCCUGUCUGUGGUGAUUUUUACGCUCAUUGCUGUGGCAAGAUGGGGUGCUAAAGAGACUCCUUCACCUCUGCCCAGCAAGCAACACACCUUCAUUAGGUGGCUUUAAUUAGCUGGGGUCAUUGAUGCGCCAGCCAGUUUAGCAUUGCCCACUAAAACCAAGAGCAAAGUGCUUUAUCAUGGACAGCCCUCGUCUGCACCUCCAGCUCCAGGUGCUUGCAGCAGCAAGGCUGGGGUUCCCCCAAACACUUGACACUGAGGUACGUGCAGUGGUCAGACUCAAAAGGAAAUGCUGCAGUGAAUUGCAGAAUGGGGCAAAGAAUUGGUGUUCUUCAGAUAGCUGCUCCUGGUCUGUAUGAAGGUAGCUUUAUUUUUUUCUUUUUUCUUCCUUGUUUUUUUUUUCCUCCUUCCCCGCUCCUGCUUGCUCUGAUUACAAAUUAAAGCCUGAUUCUGAGCUGCUGGAAGAUGAAUAGGUGGAUAGGAAGCUGAGAAAACAACUCCUAGGAAAGGAAACUUAAUUGUGAUGGAAAGUGACGCUCUGUCUUUGAAGUUUUUUUUUUUCUUCAUGAUUUUAGGUCAUCUCCAUUUAGGGGGAGGGUGCUGCACCGUUCCCCAGCCCCCAUUAUCAUUUGCUGUGCUUUCUGUAGCACAAAAACAGUUCUUGUAUUACCCCAAUUAAAAACAAAACCAGCAACAAACCAAGGACAACAAAGGGGCAGAAUUUGAGGUAUAAAGCCAAAGAUAACAGUGUCCUUGAGGCUCGAGAUGUUGGUCCUUAAUACCCUUCUGUCACGAUCGGUGCACUCAGAACACACGAGUGCCAACUGGAUUGGUUAAAAACAACCCUCGGAAAGGCAGAGGGGUUCCUUUAACCUGCACCUCCUCACGUGUCCCGUUCGCAGCACCAGCACAGCACAGCGAUGGCCAGCUGUAGCGUGGGGCAGAAAUGUCUUCAGCUCGCCUUGUUUUUAGGGAAAGGUAAGUAGAUGCAGCCCGGCAGACUGCUCCAAACAAACACACACAGAUGGCGGUGGGGCAGAACAGGGCUCCAAGUCGUUACCAAAGGCGAGCAGCCAGCACCGCACGGCUUUCCUCCCUGGAAAACCUCUUCCUCUGCUCAGAUGGAUCCAAAAACCCCAAAGUGGCAUCAAGUCUUUUGCUAAGGGAAUUUCCUCCUAAGCGUGGGUCCUGUGUGGCUGAGCCAGCGCUGUUCCCCGGGUGUGACACCUCUGCACCCCGUGGUGCAAUCGCUUCUCAGAGACGUUACAGAUGAGCUACACAUUUAAUGCCAACAAAUACUUGUGUCUGGUGCGAUGGUGUUAACUCCCCGUCUGUACCCAAACAGGAGGAGUGGAUGAAGGAAUAAAACUCCUGGGUCCCUUCUUUCAUGGAGAAACCGUGAAUAAAACUUCAAGUAAACCCUG